AUGUCCUCAUACGCCAUCACCGGAGCCUCCAAAGGCAUUGGCCGCGAAUUCGUGCGCCAACUCGCCGCAGACUCAACCAAUACAGUGCUGGCAAUCGUGCGAAACCCUGAAUCAGCCAACAUUUCAAAUCUCGCCUCCAAGCACUCCAAUGUGCACAUCAUCAAAGGCGAUGUCACGGACCCAAACUCUAUUCUGGAGGCGGCCACGGCCGCAGCUGCCAUCACGGACGGCAAGCUCGACGUGCUCAUCCACAACUCCAACGCCGUUGACAUGGAUAGCAUGGCCUCUACCCCAAGCCAAUUGCCAUUUGAUGCUCAAGCAAUUCAGAACAUAUUCAGCCCGUCGCUCAACACAGCUAUCUACGGCGGUAUAUGGGCGACGAACGCUUUCCUUCCCCUGAUCGAGAAGGGAGCGCAGAAGAAAAUCGUUCACAUCUCUAGUGGCAUGGCAGAUGUAGACCUUAUCAAUAAGGCUGGUGUUAGUAGCGGUGUUGCAUAUUCUAUUGCAAAAGCUGGGUUGAAUGUCACGGUUGCGAAGUAUGCGGCGGAACUUGCGCCUAGAGGAAUUAAGGUGUUGGCUUUGAGCCCCGGAUGGGUUGACACGUGGGAGGUCGGUGACACAGGGGAGAAACCCGCUGGGGUGGUACACGCGAAUGAGCUCCUGCUGAAGAUGUUUCAGCUAGUUGAGCCUGAGCUCAAGGGGCAGAUCCAGCCCGAGGAGAGUGUUAGGAAGUGUCUCCAGGUGAUUGAAAAUUUGGAUGCUGGGUCUAGCGGGCUGUUCAUCGAGUGUGGGACCAGCGAGGCAGUCCCAGCCCUUGCGGCCCUGGCCUACCUGAUCGACAGUUUGCGUUCUAUGAUCCCGCAUUUUCUCGGUCAUGGCCUUUUUAGCUUGAAUUACUCUUUGAUCUUCAUAGCUAGUAGAUGCGCUAGAUUAGGAAGACCCCAGAAUUGGGCACAAAAGGUAAAGCCAGAAGCAGACGUGGUUACUGUCAAUAGGACGCGAUUGGAAAUCGAUUCAUCCAUAAAGCCCACCUGUAUUACCCUUGUGACCAAACGUAUGAAUCUGCCCCUCUCCAAGUAUAAUGAGCGGCGGCGAAUAUUUCUCUUCUCUUGCUGCCCUCUUGCGCAAACACUCAAGCCGAUGCACAAAGCAAGGGAGGCGCCGAGCACACAGCCAAGAGUUGAAAUUUCGAAGGAGCCCGUGGCACCUCUUCAAAUUCCGAGUUCGGGAAUGCUGUGA